AUGAGCCUCUGCCAGAUAUUCUUACAGACGGACUCUGCCUACCAAUGUGUAGCGGAACUUGGAGAACUUGGUCUUGUGCAAUUUCUAGAUUUGAACGAGGAGAUGAAUGCGUAUCAGAGGAAAUUCGUAAACGAAGUACGUCGA